AUGACCUUCGUUCCACACUACGAUUCCAACAGGUUGCUACUUUGGUCGAUGCUCGCUGUUGCAGCUGGCCACUCUUCAGUGACUUCGGUGCUGUACAAUUCACUUGUGAAUCCAGUCCGACGUCUUGCUGGUGAUAUUUAUAGCCAUCAAAGCCGAGGCCUUGAAGCUGUUCAAGCAUUACUCAUUCUCUGCGCAUGGCCCUUCCCCUAUCAGCAGACGGUUAAUGAUCCCUCGCCAAUGUAUUGCUCUUUGGCCACCACUAUUGCUCUCCAGACAGGGCUCCAUCGCCCUCCAGCACUGAGUGACGACUUUGCCUUCCAAAUGGAUGAUUCCGGAUCCAGCAGGGUAAACAUUGGUGACCGGGAACGAGCUUGGCUUGGAUGUUUUAUCAUGAACUAUACAGUGUCAGAAAGACAGGGGAUUCCAUCCCCUAUUUCACCAUAUCGAUCCAUAAGUCGCGCGAUGGGGAAGGGAUCAUCUCCACACCUAGCAGACACGCUCAUCGGCCUCGGGCAGAUUGCUUUUCUAGGCCAUAAAACAACAACAGCUCUGGGCGAUGAUUCCUCUGCUCCUUCAGGUUUGGUAGAUGAUCCUAUGCGACUGAUCCACUUCUUCGACAUUGAUUUUCAAACAGCCAGCGAGUCGUUACACGGAAAAGUAUCGUCGCAGUGUGAUAUCUUUCUGCUAUACUCGCGUUUGAGCCUAUAUUCUUACGCAUUCAAUGAUAGCAGCAUCCCUAAUCACAAUCAGAAUCACUCUUACGAUGUUGAGAAGUCAGCAAUAUCUGGGAAGGCUCUUUCUACAGCAAUGAAACUCCUGCAAUUAGCAUGUGAGAACUUCAAUGCAAGUCUUCGAUGGCCAGCGUUUGUCAAGAACUGUGUCAUAUAUGCGACUUGCCUUGCUGCUUUUAUUCUGUCUAAGGUAAAGCAAUCUGAAACCGAGGUCAAGUCGAUAAUAGACACAUGUGAAGCUGCAAAUACCCUGAUCAGACUGUGGUCCUUGUUCCCAAAGGAUAGCUACUCCCGCAUCUCGACACAUCUCGCUCGUUUCAUCGAUUCGAUCAACCCGAAAACGUCCCUUGGCAUGGCAACUCCCGGAGACACUAGACGUGGCCUUGCACAUCAACAAACUGUCACGUCACGCAUGUCGGCAAAUAUCAUGUUCAAUGUCAUAUGGCCGGCAAAGAAGGCCGGCAUGAACGGAAAUGCAACUACUCUUAACGAUGACGGACCGACGUCCGUGCAUCUAUUGGCAAACAAUGGAAUGGAAGAGCAAAAUAUGCAUGUUACUGGUCUACCUUCUCAAGCGACCUUCGACCAGGUGGACACUGUCGACUUUGGCUAUUUUGACGAUAUCUUUGCUGACUGGUCUGAUCUUCUUGGAAACACGACCUGA